AUGGCCAUCCAGCCCCCCGUCAUCCAAACAGGCUACGACAUCCCUACCCAGCGCCAAGACGUCUCCGGCAGCCAGGACGCGGCGAACGCAGGCCUUCACGCACACCGCGCCGAGUUGGCCUCAGCGAUGGGCGGGACAGCCGCACCGUCCGUCGACGCCGUGGCUGACGCGCACAAGUCCAACAGUGUUACACCAGCGAAUGCAGCAGAAGCUGCUCCUCCUCCCUGGUUCCACACUGCCAUGCGGGACUUUCAAACUGCCAUGCGGGAAGAACUUCACACUGCCAUGCGGGAGGUGGCGGAUAGGUUGGGUAGGUUAGAGGACCGAUUGGGUGGUAUGGAGGGCCGGGUGGGUGAGAUAGAGGACCGCUUGAUUGCGACAGAGAUCAGCGUAAAAAUCGCUGAAAAUACUAAGCGCGGUGAAGGGACGUACAUUGCGGUCCCCAAUGCUCGCGGCGAAUACCCAGUCUCGCAGGGUCUAACUGCCUUGACUCAUGUCGAUCAGAUCAAGGCACUAUCCACCGCUGAAGCUGAUCGCUACAUCGCCUUUUAUUCCCGUCCAGGACAACAAGCUACCGCUCAUUCACUUGAGGGAAAGCAGCAAUUUAUAGCCCAUGCAGUCGGCUGUACUGUACCUUUAUUUGUAGCUACCUAG